AGGUAUAUUUCAUAAAAACGUCAACUUCACUCGGUACUGUCAAUAAUGUCAAAUUAGUUAAUCGUAAUGCAAAGCACGCAAUUAAUCAUUUCUUACUGGACCAAUUUUGUAAUAUACGUUUGGAAAGUUUGACCAAAAAAUCUAAUUUCAUGUGGUCUUUAAAAAAUUUGAGUCAAUAAUCAAAUUGUGAUCAUCAAAAUUGCAAGUAAAAAAUUAAAUAUAAAGAAUCUGUUAUAAAUAGAUUGCGAAAAAUGAAGACAACUGGGGCUAAGCCGGUGCGGCGGUCAUUGAGAUUGUCCAUGAAAACAAAGCAUUCACCAUCGCCACUACCUAAGAUAGUUAGGAAAAAGAAAAAGCAUGCAAUUAAAUUUUUGGCGUUGAAUGAUUAUUGUAUCGACGAAAUUUGCGAAUGGUUACCGUUAAAAUCAUUGGUCGCAUUAGGAAUGACAUGUAGACGACUGCAGCGAAUUUCCAGUAGUUAUUUUCGUCGUAGGUAUCCAGUUCAUCAAAUAUUAAUAAGUUCGUCAAAUGGUAAAAUACAGUUACGUCCAAAAAAGACGUACGUACGGCGCUUUAAGAAGAAUUUUCGAAAUAUCAUGAUUUAUGGCGAUGACAUCAAUGUUUUUGAAUACACAGCAAACAAGUUCAAAGGCAUUCAAAUGAAACGAGUCGGAAUUUUUCGAGCAAACAAUUUAACCGAAACGCAUAUUUCGUGCAUUGAUGGUAUUAUUAAAACUGCCGAAAUCAUCAAGAUAAACCAUAGCUCAUUAGCCGGUGGAUUAUACGAAACCCUAAAGCACUGUUCGAAUAUGAAGUAUUUAGUGUUAAAGUCUCUAACUGAAUGCACCUUACAUGGCAACAAAAACGAUUGGCUAUUGCAAGAAUACUCGGAGCUAAAGUACUUGUACUGGGACUAUCUCGGGAAACAGACACCAUCGAUACCAGGCGAAUUAAAGGUACUAUUUGAAAGAAAUCCAAAUUUGAAAAGUUUGUACGUCGCCGCCGAAAAUUUGCCAUUCAUUCGAGACAAUAAUGUAAAAAUGGAUAACUUAAUUGUUAAAGUCAACAACGCACAAAAUGUGGAACUAAUUUGUAAUCAACUAACAGAAUUAUGUCAUCAAGAAGCAAUCAAAUCAUUCUAUUUGAUUGGAGAGUUAGCUGCCAUGAACACUGCAAUGCUACCUAAUUUAAUCAACUUGGUAGGCAUUUGCACAAAAGGAAUAAGAAUCGAAAAAAUUUUAACAUCAUUUCCACAUUUGAAAAUUAUCGAGAGAGAAAUAAGUUCACAACGAGAGGCUAUACAACUAUCGAAAGGAUUGAUCAACGUAGAAGAAGCUUAUCUUACUGUUACUUGGCUUGACUUUAUUGUACCAUUCAUUCGUUAUACACCAACUAUUUCAAAGAUUUACAUUGAUAAUACAACGGCCAUGAAACACGCAAACAAAUUGAACCUCUUUGAACUGAACCGAAUACGAAAAAAAAACUUUAGCACCGCAAAAAAUUUAACAAUUUAUCUGAAAGAAGAAGCAUAUUUGGAAAUCAAACGCAUGUCCAUUGGAUGCGAAUGUAAUUUUGUAAGCAUCAAAUCUAUUGGAAACCAUGUUACAAAUAACGCAUUUGUAUACACACUCUUAUAUAAUUAAUGAUAGUGUCAAUCAUUUAAUAACAUAUUUAAUUAAACUUCUGAACUAUUUGCACUAUACCUCCAUUUUAUUGGAGAAUCUAAAAUAAAAACUAUGAAUUUAUGACAUUUUUAAAUGUCAAAAAAAAAAAACAGAGAAAAAGUUGAAAUCUUAAAGAAUACAAAU